ACUGCGUGACAGUCCGACUGAAACUACCGCGAGAGCGUGGCGCUAUACCGUCAUGCCUUUUUACGCGUAAACAAUAAACAACACGACUAGAAAAAUAAUUUAUUAAAAAAAAAUUACAUGCUCUAUAGUCUAUACCAAUUAAAAAUAUAGGUCAAUAGUAAACUGUGCCAAAAAUAAAGUGAUAGUUAAGUUUUUUUUUUUAUAUUUGUUGUUAUUUUUUUUUUAUUUGGACUGUGCAAAAUGGGGUUGAAGGGUGAUGAUGAUAAGCGGCCCAGCAAGUUGGCGAUUAUGGAUGAUGUUGACGACAAUGUCCCACGUGGGCUGGGCACGCGUCACUGGGUGACGUUCAUGCUGUUCCUGGGGAUGGCGAACGCUUACAUAAUGCGGACGAACAUGUCCGUGGCGAUCGUGGCCAUGGUCAAUCACACCGCGCUGCCGGUCCACAAGGAGGCUCUGGACACAGAGUGCGGCAACGUCGACCCUAAUGCCACUUCCGUGGCUGCAUCUCAAGACGGCUCUUUCGUGUGGAGUUCGACGCUGCAGGGGUACAUCCUGUCUUCCUUCUUCUACGGAUACGUCAUCACUCAAAUUCCAUUCGGAAUUCUAUCCAAAAGAUAUGGCGCUCGUCUGUUCCUGGGUGUCGGCAUGUUAAUCAACUCGGUGUUCGGUCUGCUGGUGCCAAUUGCUGCUGAAGCGGACUACAAAUGGCUUAUUUUUGUUCGAUUCAUCCAGGGUUUAGGAGAGGGUCCGAUAGUUCCGUGUUCUCAUGCGAUGUUGGCGAAAUGGAUUCCACCGAAUGAGAGAAGUCGGAUGGGUGCAGCAGUAUAUGCCGGCGCCCAGUUCGGCACAGUGAUCUCCAUGCCUCUCUCUGGUCUGCUGUCCGCGUAUGGAUUCGCUGGCGGCUGGCCGUCCAUCUUCUACGUGUUCGGUAUAAUCGGCACUGUGUGGUGCUUGGCGUUCCUGUUCUUCGUGUCCGAGGACCCGGAGCACUGCCCGAGGAUCAAGGAAGCGGAGAAGAAGUACAUCCUUAGCUCUCUGUGGGGCGCUGCUGGAUCUAGCUCACCGCCCAUCCCAUGGACCAAGAUCCUGAUGUCGAUGCCGUUCUGGGCGAUAAUGCUGGCGCACAUGGGCCAGAACUACGGCUACGAGACGCUCAUGACGGAGCUGCCGACCUUCAUGCGACAAGUGCUGCAUUUCUCCAUCAAAGACAACGGGUUUGUGUCAGCACUGCCCUACCUCUGCAUGUGGCUGUUCUCGAUGUUCAUCUCGGUGGUGGCUGACUGGAUGCUGUCCAGCGGACGGUUCAACCACACGCAAGUCAGGAAGAUCAUCAACAGUAUUGGUGAAUACGGUCCGGCGAUUGGUCUGUUCAUCGCGGCGCACACGGGCUGCAACCCCGCCGCGACUGUCGCAGUGCUGGCCAUCGGCGUGGGGCUCAACGGGGGCAUCUACUCCGGCUUUAAGGUGAACCACCUGGACAUCUCACCGCGAUUUGCUGGCAUCCUGAUGGCGUUCACCAACUGCCUCGCCAACCUCACCGGGCUGUUGGCGCCCAUCGUCGCCGGAUACAUCAUCGAGGGCAAGCCCACGCAAGCCCAAUGGAGGAUAGUGUUCUACAUAGCGGCAUGCGUGUACAUAUUCUGCGCGACGUUCUACAACAUCUUCGGCUCAGGCCGGAGACAGGAGUGGGACAACCCGGCUGAGGAUGAAGCCAUAGCGAAAAAGGCCGCAGCGAAAAAGGCGACGAAACUAGAGAAAAAAAAUAACGAGAACACAGCGGAAACCGCGCAAUAGCACGUUUAAACACGCUCGGCACACACAACUGGCAACACUAAAUUGUAACUGUCAUUCAACUGGCAGUUUGAAAUUGUAACUGGCAACAUCGGAAUUUGUAUGUCAAAAUAGUGUAAAGGACAUUACAUACUGCACUUAUUAUGAUUAUAAUUGAAAUUAUGUUUUUUUUGCAAUAAGUUAUGUAAAAUUUAACAGUUCUAAAAUCAAACGAAAAUAUAUAUACUUAUACAAAAUACUAAAGAAUAAAAAUUAAAGUACCUAAGUUCUUAACGUGGAAUUUGUAAAUUGAAACUUUUUAUACUGAAUGCUGUAAAUUAAAAAAAAAAACCUAUUUUUAUAAAUAUAGCGCGACCAGAUUACAAAAUGAAUUUUCCUAGUUAUGUAGUACAAAUUUAUCCAUCGUAUAGAAAAUGUAGCGUAUUAAUAAAAUAUAAAAGUUACCCAUUCUAGUUAAGGUUGUGUCUGCUUUGAGCGAAAAUUACGAUUCUGAAUUCCAAGUUAUAAAAAUAGUAGUUGAAACUUUAGUGUGCAUGUUAAACACUUGACUUUAUUAUAUUAAUUUUUAUGUUUGAUGGUUUAAAAGUAAAUUCUGUAGCUUAUAUCGAGUUUAGGUUUUUAUUGAUGCAUUUGAGAUUAUUUAUAGCAAGAAUACCUGAAAAAAGACGAACCUGGCAACACUAAAACGCCUACAACAAAAUAGUUCUGAUAUGUAGGUACAGUAUUUAUUUUUAUAAAAGGUAAGUUUAUAAUUUACGCUUUAUACACUUUAAAUGAAAAAAAAAAAACAGGAAAAAUCCUAACGCACAUCAAUACGGCUGUGAUAGAAUCGCGAGUAAAGCCUCAUUUGCAUUAAGAUACUAAAUUCAAAUUAGGAGAGUCCUAUAACUAACUUAUAACUCAAUUUUUAACCAAAAGUUAUUUUUUUGAUUUAACCAAAUAUAAAAGAGUUAAAAAACAUAUAACUUACAUUUUUAAGUGAACAUUAGGUAUAAUAUUAAUUGUAAAAUCACAUAAUUUGAGACAACGUUUAAAACACUACAAAAAACACAUCUUAGAACCUAGCUGAUUGCCAUCACCUAGUAGCUUACAUAUCUUCCUUUAAGAUUUUUUGACGAAAGUUGGUACAUAGGUGAAAAACAAAAGUAGAUAUUCUAUGAGAAACUCUCCACAUGUAAAUGAGGCUUUAAUACAACUUGGAAUUCGUUUUCGCAUCACUAAUUUAAACAUGCUAUUUAUUUAUUAAAUAUAUUAUAAUUAUUAUAUUAAGUACCAUACAAGUAUUGUUAAUAAUUUUAUAAUUUGAGAAUAGAAUAAUAGAGACGCGUGAAAGGUGUAAAUGACGAUGGGUCCAAGAUUGUUUUUAAUAAAAAAAAACGUUACCGUCCCAGCCAGUGACUUCACAAAACCUCGCAUCCAUACGUAGAUAAUUUUAAUAAAUUUUGAUAAAAAUAAAAUCAUCUAAUUAUUGUGAAUUUUGACUUAUUAUUCCAAUUUCAAUUUUGCAGAUACUCGAAUACGACGGCAAAGACAAAAAAUAAAGCUAUGUAAUGUUUGUUUUUGUAGAUUAUAAAACUCUGACAUUAUUUUUUUUUUUCCUUUCACGUAAUGGUCAAACAAUUACCUAAUAUUUUUUUUUGUUUUUAUGUAUAAAAAAAGAGCUCCAAAGAUCGAUCAUCCAUUUGGCUGUUAUUAUAAGGCGUAAAUUUAAUGCGUUUCAUGUUACUUACAGAUACGUAAUUAAUUAUGUCAGUUUCAUGUUUAUUUAAUUAAAUAAAUACCUAACUAUAAAUGAUUGACAGUAUUGGUUGACCGUUGGAGCUCUUUUUAUUUGACAAUUGCAAUGCCUAAAUGAGUGAAUUUAUUUAGUCCCUCCCGUAUCGCUGUAAGCGACAGUUGUAAGAUUUAAUUUAUUUAAGUAUCGAUUUAGUUUUUACGUAGCACACGAGACGUGCGCCCAGAGCUGAUGUGAUCAUUCUGUUAGUAAUUAUAAGUAAUUUUAAGCAGUUUUGAAUAAAAAUUACACACAAAUCAUAAUAUAAUACACCUAUCUCUAUAGGUAGGAAUAUUUUCUGUCUACCGUCCUAUGAAGUAGAUUGAAAAUGUCGCCCCACAGAUUUGGCGGGAUUUCGCGGACGAAACUUACCUACAUAAUAUUUGGCCCGCGUAGGUCCAUUUUGCCAGUCUUGCCAUCUUAUUAUAAAGUAACUUUAACAUUUACUUUUUUUAUUUGUCAAAUCUAUAUCCUGAUGACUAUAUAAACUCGGUUGUUUAAAUUUGUGUGUAAUGCGAUGAUACAUAAUUUAGAGCAUUCUUGAACUUUAAAUAUUAUAAAUUGUACUAAAGGAAUUAUUGCGUGUGCAAGUGAUAGCAGUGGUAUCUUUCAAACAAAAAAUAUACCUAUAAUCUAUAAUGAGGUUUUCUUAUGCCCGUUAUACCACUGAAAUGCCAUGUAAAACAAAAUCAAUUGCUUAUAAAGUGUUAGAGAAAUACAAUGAAGUUUUUAAUUUA